AUGCCAUCAGAUGCUCAAUCUGCGGCCUACAAGAAGGUUGCUGGGUCCGCACCUUCGAAGGACUCAUUUUUGAAGACGCCACAUGCCGCUGACCGGCAGGUUGCACCACGCGGCGUUCAUUCCUAUACUUCUUCCAAAGACAACGUAGGCAGUGCCAGUCGUUCUAUCUCUGCAUCCUCCACCGCAUCCCCGGGACUCGACAAGCGUGAAGCAUCUGCGGGCACGUCCACACUCCUUCCACAAAAUACUUCCAGGCAGAGUAGUCUCCGGCAUCACUCUAAAUCCAAAGAUCACGCUUCAUUUGUGGGGUCUUCUGAGAUCAAACGUGUCAAGAAAUCCGAGCAGACCUUCUUAACCAGGUUCUUUCGCAAGCUAAUCUCCUGCGUCGGCCUCAAUACCCGGGCUCAUGAUAUUGACGUCGAUGGUGUCGCAAGCAUUGCGUCAGGUCCUACUUUGCGAACGCACAGGGCCGCAGACAAUGAUGUGAAGGGAUUUUCUGAAAAGGCGCCGGAAGAUAGCAGCGUUGCAGUUCAUGAACUGGUAGUUCCAGUGGCACCCUUACAGGAGCAGGGCCAACCUCUUAAAGGCGUGCUACCUAUUGCGGAGACUGCGGGCGCUACCAGUGGGGCAGUGCAGCCACCGGGUUCAUCUGCUCUUGGUGCCGACUCGGAUGAGGAUGUGCAAGCUCUGAUAGAUCAGCUAAGCAAUGAAGACGCGAUGCUGAUCAAGAAUGGGGGUGCAGGUAUUCCCAUCGGUCCUAACGGAGUGCCACGUCCACUUUUGCCACCAAUAGCGCCCAGAGAUGCUGGCAAGAAGUGUUUAGUACUUGACUUGGACGAGACCCUCGUCCAUAGUAAUUUUAGGGCUAUACCAGAUCCAGACUUUAUCGUCCCCGUCGAAAUCGACCACCGCUGGCACAAUAUGUAUGUGCAGAAACGCCCUGGCGUGGAUGAGUUCCUUCGCCAGAUGGGCGAGUUGUACGAAGUGGUAGUGUAUACCGCAAGUCUGAGUGCUUACGCGGAUCCAGUGAUGGACUAUCUUGACAUGUACAAAGUCGUUUCGCAUAGGCUCUUUCGGGAAAACUGUUACCGAUUCAGAGGAAAUUAUGUGAAGGAUCUGUCGCAGCUUGGACGUCCCAUGGCAGAUACCAUCAUCCUCGACAAUUCGCCAGCGUCGUAUAUCUUCCACCCCACGAACGCCGUGCCUAUAUCCUCGUGGUUUAACGAUCCUCACGAUACCGAACUGAUGGACAUAUGUCCCCUUCUCAUUGACAUUUCUGACGCGAAAGAUGUGCGAGGUGUGUUGAGCACGAGUCUAUGA